CGCCGUGGUGGCUGUUGCGGUGGCGAGGCUCUCUCUGUCCGGCGCCGGACGCUGCUGGUGUGAGGUGAUGGACGCGCCGCGCCGGUGAUGUGGUACCGGAGUGACGGGCCGGUGUCCGAAGGAGGGGAGGUUUGUCCCCGCGAGGAGGUGCUCCACUGAAGUGGCGACAGCGUCUGCAGCGGACCAUGCGGUGGUGGUCAGUGGUGACACGGCUGAUCGUGACGCUCUGCUGGAGUUUGAUGGCCAGAGGCCAGAGCGGCGUCCCGUACGACCCGCGGCACAACAACAGCUACGAGAAACGACUGAUGGACUUCAUUGUGCGCGACUACGACCGCGACGUGCGGCCCGUGUUCAACGCCUCCGACCCGGUCAUCAUCCAGCUGGGCAUCACGCUGACGCAGAUAUUCGACAUGGAUGAGAAGAACCAAGUUUUAACCACAAACGUUUGGCUUGACCAGGAAUGGACGGAUGAGCUUUUAACGUGGGAUCCCAGCCAAUUUGGUAAUAUGAAGGAGCUGAGGGUGCCAUGUGAGAAGAUCUGGUUACCUGACAUCGUCCUUUACAACAAUGCCGACGACUACACACGCGGCUACAUGAACAGCAAGGCGAUGGUCCAUCACAACGGGCGCGUGUUCUGGCCGCCGCCCACCAAGUUUCGGUCCACGUGCGCCGUGGAUGUCACCUACUUCCCGUUCGACGACCAGACGUGCAUCCUCAAACUGGGCAGCUGGACCUACAACGGCUUCCAGGUGGACGUGACUAACCGAACGGAGCAGGUGGACCUGACCAACUACAUCCCUAACGGCGAGUGGGAGCUGCUGGAGGCGCGCAUCAACAGAAACGUCGUCUACUACAGCUGCUGUCCGGAGCCGUUCCCUGACGUCACAAUCACUCUAAUCAUCCGGCGGAAGACGCUGUUCUACAUGUACAACAUCGUGCUGCCGUGCAUGAUGAUGUCGGUGCUGACGCUGCUGGUGUUCUGCAUGCCGCCCGAGAGCGGAGAGAAGAUCGGCCUCGGCGUCACGGUGCUGCUCGCCUUCAGCGUCUUCAUGCUGGCCAUCGCCGAGAAGAUGCCAGAGACCUCCGACAGCGUUCCGCUCAUAGGGAUCUACCUGACGGCUGUGAUGGCCAUCACCAGCGUGUCCAUCAUCAUGACCGUGGUGGUGCUGAACCUGCACUACCGCGGGCCCGGCAAAAAGGAGGUGCCCCACUGGAUGCGCCGACUUGUGCUUGGAAGGACGGCGUCUCGCCGGCGGCGCUCCGAGUCGAGCUCGCAGAAGUGCGCCGGCUGCUACCGUCGGCGCGGCUUUCCAGGCGGCGACGCGCACCUGACCGACCACCCGCCGCUGCUGCCGGCCUACAGUCCCGGCAACGGCACCGCCUUCACCGCCGCCAGCGCCGCCUACAGCAAGCCGGAGGCCGUCCGGCUGGCCGUCGACACGCUUCCCGGCGCGCCGCCGCCGGCCGCCGAGCCGGCGCCCGCCAGCGACGCCAGCGACUCGGCCGGCCGGCCGGCCGCCGCGCCGCUGCAGGAGGAGGUGGGCCGCGCGCUGCGCCACCUGCUCAGCCGCCAGCAGGCCGAGGAGCACUGCGGCCGCGCCGCCGACGAGUGGCGCCAGGUGGCGCUGCUGGCCGACCACACCCUCUUCUGGGUGUUCCUGGUUAUCACCACCGUGUCCAGCCUCCUGUUCCUGGUCGUGCUUCCCGUCUACAAGCGCAGCCAGUAUCAGCGGCCCGACUGAGCGGCCGACGGAGACUCGCAGAACGGACAUUGACCUGCAGACUGAGGUCUGCAGCGAUCGUGAGAUAGCAGUCGACAUCGGCGAGAGGAGGUGUAAAAACACGCGAUGAAGAAACAAAGUCACUCAUUGCCAUUUUGUAAGACGUACGGCAUCCCGGUUGUUUGACAUAAGACGACGUUGUCCCGUGGCCGAAUGGAAUAGUGGCUCAUUUCCAUUUUGUCGCAUUAGAACCGAAUGGAGAAUGAGAAAUGUGCUGCCUACCAGCCAGCCAGUGGUUGUCAUUGCUGACAAUGACAUCAGUGUUUGUGAACGCGGUGAUGCCUGCCCUGCCGAGUGACCAAUGAUGCUGAGGGACUGGUGUCACCAGUGACGUUGAGAAGUUGGUGGCAGUGACUUGCUGGGUAACGAUUACCCUGAGGGACUGGUAAUGCCGGUGAACCUAGUCCUAUAGAUCGUUAAAGUCAGCGACCUGAGGUGACGCCGGCGACCUGAGAGAUUGGUAAAGUCGGUGAGCUCGAGUGACUUGUAACGCCGGCGAUCUGAGGAACUGGGAACAAUGACUCUAAGGGACUCCAGGCCGGUGACCCGAGGGACUGGUGACGCUGGCGAUCUUGAGGGACCGGUGACCGAUGUGCGCAGUAGAGGCUGAGAGUGUGUUCGGAGAUGGUGGUGGGAUGGAUGUGCUAUGGCUAGUGGUUCUGCAGGAGCUCAUUGAAUGCAGACGGUGGUAUAGUCGAGGAGUGAGAGAGAGGUCAUGCGUCAUUAACUCAUGGGAACUUAUUUUUGUUUGCUCGGCUCUCCUUCAUGGUGAUAAGCGCACGCCGUGAAAGGGACGGCAAACAACUAUAGCCGUGGCUGGGCUUUUAGUUUAGAGACAUCGCAUCGCGUUCGCCGACUAGCGUACAGGGAAAGAUUCUGAAACGUUACCGAAGGACACUAACGCAUACGAACAAGGAUAACAUUUGUGCUAUAGGAUCCGCUGCCAAAAACAAGUUUAUUAGGCAUCCAGCUGGUAAACAUGCAGGUACGAUUCUAUUGGCCGUGGCUCGUGUGCGAUAAUUUUCUGAGACUGACAUUGGAAAAUGUCCGUUGUGUUUUGAGUGACGUUUGCUGAAUUGUAAAUGUAUUGUUCGUUGUCUUGGUUGUAGUAAGUUACGUCAGGUCAUCUGACAUCUAGUCAUCUCGCAUCGUCUAUGAAAUAUUAUUUGCUAUUCUAUAAUAGUAACGAUGUUGAUAAUAAAACGUUCAAACAAUUUAA